AUGGCCCGAGACCACGGAACAUGGUCGCCUCACCACCCGCGCCACCGGCUCCUCGACGCCCUCCACGGCUUCUCCAAGUAUUACGAACAGCAGCGCGCCGAGGUCCAUCGCCUGCGCGGCCUGUACGGGCAGGCCUCCCCGUCCCAGAAGCAGCCAGCCGCUGUGGCCGUGCGCGCCGGGGCGGGAGGGAGCCGCGUUGACCGUGGCCGUGCCGUCGACGCGGAGCAGUUUCUAGAAAAGCACGUCGCCUACUCGUCCAAGUUCAAGAGGGUCGAGCAAAAGCUCGCCGCGAACCAGCACGUCUGCGACGACAUCGUCCAGGCCGCCCUGGCAUUCUACAACAUUGGCGCGGACGAGCUCAGGCGCCACGUGCACGACAGCGAGGCCAAGGGCCGGCGCGCCGACAAGACGUCCGUCUCCCAGUCGCUCAAGCACAUCGUCCGCGACUGGACGGGGGAAGGCGACAACGAGAGAAACGCAACCUUUGCCUGCCUCGUCAGCACCCUCGACCGGCUGUUUCCCGACCGCAACCGCAACCCCCUCCGGGACCACGUGCGCCUCUUGCUCCCGGGAUCCGGGCUCGGCCGGCUCGGCCACCACAUUGCCCAGCUUGGCGGGUUCCAAGUCACCGUCAACGAGUGGUCCAUGUACAUGAACGCCGUGUACAGGUUCCUCGAGGCCCGGGGGUCCGCGCUGUCGCACUCCUUCCACCCCUUUGUCGACAGCUGGUCCCAUCACGUAUCGGACGACGACAUGAACCGCGCCGUGCGCUUCCCGGACGUUGCCGUCCGCCCGGGCACCGUUCUCGCGGUAGAAGGCGACUUCACCACGGCCUUCACGAACCAGUCGGCGCACUACGACGCCGUCGUGACCUACUUCUUCAUCGAUACGGCGAGGAACCUCAUGUCGUACUUUGACACCAUCAGCCGCGUCCUCGACAAGGGCGGCGUGUGGAUAAACCUGGGGCCGCUGCUGUACGGCACCGGCCCCCUCGUCCAGCUCAGCUUGGAGGACAUCCUCGCCGUCACGAGGGAGAUGGGCUUCCGGUUCCUCGAGACGGCCGAGGUCUGCGGAGACCCGACGUUUUCAGAGCCCACAGUGAGGAGCAUGGAGGCCGUCUACAGCUUCGACCGCGUGGCCCUGACCCGGAGUGCGUACAGUGCGCAGUUUUGGGCAGCCACCAAGUUGUAG